CGUUCGUUCUCCCACCACCUUCAUUCUUCAAUGGCAAUCCCGUAAUAAAUCGCCACAGACGGUGGCUUUUUCCUAUAUCCCAGUUAAUAUCACAAGUACGCCAAGCAAACACCGCAUCCUUGACUCUCUCUCUCUCUCUCUCCACAUCCCGACGCCUAAACCUACCUCACCUUCCACCGAACCCUAACCCUAAUCCGUCUCCUCCGAUUCAUUUCAGACCCCAGAUGGAGCGCCGGAAGUGAUCCCAUCUCCCUCCACCGGACGCCGGAACCUCCGGAAGUAGAGCGAUGUCGCUGGACGGCGCCGUCGAUCGGAGGGACGGUCCCCUGACUGGAAAUGGGAACGGUAAUGGACUGGCGAAGGGCAAGGCUGCGCCGUCCAAGCCGACGUAUGCGGACCGGCGUUUGAGGCUGAACCCGAACACGGAGCACAAGCCGGAGAGGUACGACGACGUUCAGUCGGAUUUCGACCCGGCAAUUUUCAGCUCCCUGGAGCGGCACCUCCCGCCCAGUAUGCUCGAGGUGCCGCGGGAUGUCAAGGUGCAGUUCAUGAAGGAGAUCCUCUCCCGAUACUUGCCCGAGGGGGAGCGAAUCAGGGUCCAGAGACACAAAGAGUACAGAUAUAAAUUGAUGUCUUCUUAUCAGCCUUUGCAUAAAGAACUAUACAAUCUGCAUCCAUCAGCGUUUUUUAUGCCAUCAUUUGUUAAAGCAAUCAAUGAUAACACAGACGAGAGCUUCAGAAAUAUACUUUCUGAACCAUCACCUGGAAUAUAUACAUUUUCUAUGCUACAGCCAAGUUUCUGCGAGAUGUUAUUGGAUGAGGUGGACAAUUUUGAAAAAUGGGUUAACACAAUCAAGUUCAAAAUAAUGCGACCAAAUACAAUGAAUAAGUAUGGUGCUGUGCUUGAUGACUUUGGCUUGGAAGCCAUGCUUAACAAGCUUAUGGAAGAAUACAUUUCUCCAAUGGCUAGAGUAUUUUUUCCGGAGAUUGGUGGAUCAACACUAGAUUCACAUCAUGGCUUUGUGGUUGAGUAUGGAAAGGACAAGGAUGUUGAACUAGGUUUCCAUGUGGAUGACUCAGAAGUCACUCUAAAUGUGUGUUUGGGCAAAGAUUUCUCUGGUGGCCAAUUGUUUUUUCGAGGAGUUCGAUGUGACAAGCAUGUGAAUACUGAGACACAAACAGAGGAAAUCUUUGAUUAUUCUCAUGUCCCUGGUCAAGCUGUACUUCAUCUGGGGCGUCACCGACACGGAGCUCUUCCCACAACUUCUGGACAUCGAAUCAACAUGCUUUUGUGGUGUAGAAGCUCAGUCUUCAGAGAGAUGAGGAAAUUCCAAAAGGAUUUCUCCAGCUGGUGUGGUGAGUGCCGGCGCGAGAAGAAAGAAAGGCAGCGUCUGUCGGUGGCCACCACCAAACUGACAUUUCUCAAGGGUUUCGGAGGAGCCAGCACUUAAAGGUGCCAUAAGUCUUCUAUUCUACUCAGGAUAUGGUUGUAAACUGUAUCGGGCUUGUUGUCGCCCAGAUUGAUCCCGAAUUGUUCAAGAAAGUUAACCUUGUUUUUCGAGCUGUUUGUAAUCGAGAGGUUAUUUGUAUAUAUACUAGUUUUACCCGUAGCAAUUCCUUCUCACAUAAA